CGCUUCCAGCUCUCUCUUCAUUUCCGUACCACCAUGGGACCAGAGCGCCUCCACCGUCCUCACCUCCGACUGUUACUUCUCCCUCUAUCGAUGAUCUCUUAAAUAAGCGAAUCGUCAAGCAGUUUAUCUUUGUUCUGUUCCUAUAAGAAGCAUGAUGGCUCGAGGCGUCGUCUGUCAUCACUGAGACAUUAUACAAUCACCUAUAUAAAUCUGAAGACUGUUUUGCAGUGUUGAAGAGCAGUGCAACUGUGGUCAUGGAUCUACUCACAUGGAGUGCAUCGGUGCUGAACCUGACACACCAAGGAGUCACGCAGGUGCCUGAACCAGAUAGCUUCAUCCUCCCUGAUAAUGUCACAGAACCACUAUCUAAUUCCACUUCUUGGGUCACUGGGCUGCCACCUCUGGACAUCUUCUACAUCACCAGUGAGAUUUUAGUGGCCAUCAUAUCCAUCAUUGGCAACGCUCUCACCAUCGCUGUCUUCACUGUAGACCAGAAACUGCACCGCCUCACAAACUAUUACAUAGUGUCCCUGGCACUGGCUGACCUCCUGGUGGGUUUAGUAGGCAUCCCCUUCGCCAUCCUAACGUCAGUGGGACUGCCUAGGCCACUAUGGGCAUGUCUACUGAUGCUCUCAACACUGCUUACUCUAUGCGUAAUCUCGGUAUUCUGCCUGGUGGCUGUCAGUGUGGAUCGCUACUGGGCCAUUCUUCACCCGAUAAGCUACAUCAGAAUACUGAAUGUCAAAAUAACCAAACGCAUCAUCCUGGCAUGCUGGGUCUCGGGGACACUGGUGGGUCUGAUGCCUAUGAUGGGAUGGCACGAGGAGUACGACGACCAUUGCAUCUUCACGCAGGUCAUGAGCUAUAGCUACCUCAUCUUCCUCGCCUUCAACACCAUAUUUGUCCCGGGGCCAAUUAUGAUCAUUUGCUACGCUAGAAUCUACAAUGUUAUUCUUAAGCAGAAAAAAUCAAAAUCUGCAGUUUCAGAACAAAAGGCUAGUAGCAGGGAGGUGAAGGCUGCCAAGAGCAUGAGCAUCAUAGUGCUCUUCUUCAUGGUGAGUUGGCUCCCGAUUAACAUCAUCAACUGCAUCCAGGCCAUCUGCAGGAAUUGCCCAGUACCCAUGCUGCUCCUCUACUUCUCCAUCAUCCUCAGCCAUGCAAACUCAGCCCUCAACCCCUUCCUCUAUGCCUACAGUAUGCAGGACUUCAACAAAUCCUUAAAGAAACUCGUCUGGCACCGCCUGCUGCGACAAUCAACAGAGUUGAAUUUCGAGUCUCAAUCUCAGCCAAGUGAUGCUUGCCAGCUUGACUCAAAACACACUGAAGAACUGCCCCCAUCAACUCUGAUAAAACCCAAGCUUACAGUCCUCUACUGUGGAGAUCAAUAACCCUAUUUAAACAUCUAGUAAUGUG